UAUAAAUAAUAAUAACAAAAUAAAAAGAACAUAACAACAAAUUGUGCAAAUAAAUAUUGUUGAAGGUUUAUUUCGAUUGCCAGUAUUCCGACAUAAUUACUAUCAGCACAUCCAUUUAUUUUUUAAAUAUAUUGAGACCGAAGUAUAUAUUUUUUCAUUUAUCGGUGAUAAAGAGCCGUAAAUAUGGCUGAAGCCCAUUCAGCUGUAGCCUUUUCGUUUGCAAUUACUCACGAAGGGUUUGACAUAAAUUAUGAUCAGGAAGUAUUAAAUCUUGUCUGGAACUCUGGCGUGCGAUCGUGGAAAAAACGUUUAGCUCGUGCGAGAAAUGGUGUGCGUAAUGGUGUUUACCCAGCUCACAUACAAAGUUUGUGGCUCAUAUCGGCUAUUGCCAUAGGUUUACAUUUUAGCGGGUAUCAAGUACCUUUUAAUUUAGUCAAUAGGAUCCUAGUGUAUUUUCCAACAAAUACAAUUAAUUGGCAGGUGAUGGCCUGUUUUUGUGCAUCACUUAUUGUAUGGCUAUCGAUUUGCUAUACGAUGAGAUACACACUAAAGCUUUUGCUUAUGUAUAAAGGUUGGAUGUAUGAAUCUCGAGCGCCGGGUAGUAAAAUAUCUAUAACCACUAUGGUUUGGACUGGCGUUGUUAAAGUGCUUUCGAGUUGGAAUACGCCUGGAUUAUAUAGUUUUCAAGGGUCGUUGCCACGUUUACCACUUCCGUCAGUGCAUAAUACUAUGCAACGUUAUCUGCGUUCGGUUCGACCAUUAUUGGACGAUGACAACUACAAACGUAUGGAAGGUUUGGCAAAGGAAUUUGAGCAAACAAUUGGAAAAAAAUUGCAAUGGUAUCUUGUGCUUAAAAGCUGGUGGUCAACAAAUUACGUAUCCGAUUGGUGGGAGGAGUACGUAUACUUGCGAGGACGUGGUCCAUUGAUGAUCAACAGCAACUUUUACGGCACCGAUGCUAUUUUCAUGAAUUUAACUAAUAAUCAAGCAGCACGAGCAGCAAAUGUGGUGUCAUUGUUAUUGGGCUUUAGACGCUCUAUUGAACGUCAAGAACUACAACCGAUUAUGAUUCAAGGAAUGAUUCCACUCUGUUCCUGGCAAUAUGAGCGUACAUUUAAUACGGCACGUGUACCUGGAUUGGAAACUGAUCGUAUCGUUCACUAUAAAGACUCUAAUCAUAUUGUCGUACUACACAAAGGCUGUUAUUACAAAGUAUUGAUAUAUUAUAAAGGUCGUUCUCUUCGGCCAUGUGAAAUUCAAGUCCAAAUGGAAGAAAUACUCAAUUCUAAGGCGGAACCCCUACCAGGUGAAGAGAAUUUAGCUGCUUUAACGGCAUGGAAUCGGUCAAAAUGGGCUGAAGUGCGUAACUCUCAUUUUUCACGUGGAGUCAAUCGUGUAUCUUUGAACACUGUCGAGUCGGCAGCUUUCGUUCUAUCCUUGGAUACUAUACCAUAUGAAUUUGAUUUGGCACAACCAGAUCUGCUCGAUAAAUUUGGUAAAACUUUAUUACAUGGAAACGGAUAUAAUCGCUGGUUUGAUAAGAGUUUCACUGUCUGUGUCGGUUCCAAUGGCCGCGUGGGUUUCAAUGCAGAACACACUUGGGCCGAUGCAGCUGUUGGUGCACAUAUGUGGGAAAACCUCAUAAUGGACGACUUAUUAACUGAUGGAUAUGAUGAGACUGGCAAUACGAAAGGAAUACCAGAAUUUCAACCGCCUUCUCCAACUCGCUUAAAGUGGGAACUCACACCUUGUUUGCCACAAAUCGAUGAGGCAACCAUUGAUGCUAGCAAAUUAAUUAAUGACGUAGAUCUGCGGAUCUUAGUGCAUACUCAGUACGGUAAGGGCUUUAUGAAGAAGUGUAGGUUAUCACCUGAUGCCUACAUACAAAUGGCUUUGCAACUUGCUUAUUAUCGUGAUGCUGGACGUUUCUCACUCACUUAUGAAGCCUCGAUGACACGAUUAUUCCGUGAGGGUCGUACAGAGACAGUUCGACCAUGUACGAUAGAAUCAUCAGCUUGGGUUAAAGCGAUGGAGAACAGCAGCACUUCAAAUACAGAACGUGUUGAACUCAUUAGAAAAGCAUGUGAGCGUCAUCAAUUAGGUUAUCAAGAUGCAAUGUGUGGACAAGGCAUUGACAGACAUCUAUUUUGCUUGUACGUGGUGUCCAAGUAUUUGGAAGUCGAUUCACCUUUCCUCAAUGAAGUUCUUAGUGAACCCUGGAGGCUGUCUACAAGUCAAACACCUCAUGGACAGACACCAAAAAUGGAUUUGAAGAAGCAUCCAAACUGCAUCAGUUCAGGAGGUGGUUUUGGACCUGUCGCAGAUGAUGGCUACGGUGUAUCAUAUAUAAUUGCUGGAGAAAAUUUAAUAUUCUUCCAUAUAUCAGCAAAAAAAGCGUGUAAACUCACUGACGUACAUCGUUUUGCUGAUAAUAUUUGCAAGGCUCUUGCUGACAUUCGAACUAUGUUUGAGGAAUAUCUAAAGGACCAGCCGGCCAAAAAGAUAACGAACGGCACAACAUAGUGCUGUGGAGAAGCAUUUUUUAUUAGAGAUUUUAUGUAUAAGUUUUUUAGUUGAAUUUUUAAUUAAGUUACAUUUUUGUUUUAACUUGAUGAGUGCAUUACUGAAAUGCAUGAAAAACCAAGAAAAAACUUAGCAUAUCGUGAGUGUGAAUAGUCCUUUUAAGUAUUCUUCCAUUUAUGUUGUGAUUAGUUUUAUAUUGUAUAUCCUACAAUUUAUAAUAUAUACUUCAUUUGCUUUAUAAUUCAUUGUUGUUUGUAGUAUUUUUAGACAAGAAUUUUUAUCAAUUUCGCUUUGUAUUGUUUUAUAUAAAAAUUCACACAAAUCAAUGCAAUUAUUUGUUUCUAAGAAAGAUUGUUAUAUUAGUUUUAUUAGAGAAUAAUAACUCUUUAAAUAUGUAAUGUAUAUAUAUGUAUAUGUAUUUAUAUAUAUACUGUAUUCUAUUGUACUUUAAUUUCUCAUUUUAGUGAAAAUUGUAAUAUUCUUUCAGAAUUAAGUUAGUUAAUACAGAAGUUAAAAUAAAAAUAAAAGCAAUUAAUAAAAUAAAUAAUA